AUGGAUGAAAAUAAUACUAAUGUAACAACCCCGAAUAUCUUAACUGAUCCAGUAACAACACCACUUGCAUCAACUGCUACACCUAAUGUCACUUUGGCAACACUAACAACGGGAUCGAUCACAACAGAAAAUGCCACUAGCGAUCUAACAACAAUCGCACCAGCAACAACUGUAACUUCUAUAGUAACAAGUGUAAGUGCUACAGUAGCAAAUGUAACAACACCUUCAACGACUAAUUCAUCAACAACAUCAACAACAAUGAUAUCAACUACAGCUAAAACACCCGGUCGUAAAUUCGAUAUGCUUUCAUUUAUUGGUGGAAUAAUUCUUGCAAUUGGUCUUAGUGCAAUUAUAUAUUUGAUUGUAAGUUAUUUACGUCGUAGUAAUCGAUUACCUUAUUCAAAUCUACGAUAA